AUGGCUAUUGAAAGCAAUCUCCUCCUCCUCCUCCUCCUCCUCCUCCUCAGUCUCUCCCUCUCCUCAGCUCUUUUCUCCCCGAUCGACAACCACUUAAUCGACUGCGGAUCCGGGUCCUCACCCGCAACCACCUCUGACUCCGAACCCGCCGCCUCCUCCUCCCGCCUCCUCUCUUCGGGCCCCAAGAUCUCCGUCUCCGACCCAAACCCUAACCCUAAUCUCCCCUCUCUCUACCGCACCGCUCGAGUCUUCACCAAGCCCUCGGCCUACGAGUUCCAGAUCAGAUCCAAAGGGACUCACCUCCUCAGGCUCCAUUUCUACCCGUUCUCCGCUCAAAGAUACAACCUUUCCUCCGCCCAAUUCCACGUCACCGCUUCCGGCUUUGUCCUCUUGAAGGAUUUCAGCUUCGGAACCCGUGGAGAUUCUGCUGCUUUGCCCCAGUUGAAGGAGUAUCUCGUCAAUUUGGACUCCGGUAAGUUCGUACUCGCUUUCGUCCCUGCUGACUGCUCCUCCUUCGCCUUCGUCAACGCGAUUGAAGUAGUUUCGGCACCGGAGGGUCUCGUUGCUGAUGCGGCAAGGCUAGUGAACUUCGAUAAAGUUGAGAACUUUGAUGGUAUCUCGAAGCAGGCUCUACAAACUCUUUAUAGGAUCAAUGUGGGCGGUCCCAAAGUUACUGCUUUCAAUGAUACAUUUUGGAGGAACUGGGUUCCUGACUCCGGAUACUUGGUGUUGAAUUCCGCUUCCAAGGAUGUGAUUUUUAGCGGAAAGAUUAUGUACCAGAAGUUUGGGGCGAGUCGAGAGGUCGCGCCCGAUAAUGUUUACAACAGCGCCAGGACCAGCCGCUCGAACAUGACAUGGAACUUUGCUGUUGAUCCUGGAUACAAGUACCUGAUUCGGAUGCAUUUCUGUGAUAUUGCUAGUUUAGCUCUCAAUGAGCUAUACUUUGAUAUCUAUAUUAAUGGAUAUUCUGCUUACCAAAAUUUUGACAUCUCUGAUGCUACCGGACAAGUUCUGGCAUCGCCUCACUAUGAGGAUUUCGUCAUCGAUGUGGGUAGCUUGGGCAAUUUGAAUGUUGUAGUUGGCCCUUCGAAGCUUACUGAUCCUUCGAAGAUUGGUGGGCUGUUGAACGGGUUGGAAAUUAUGAAGAUGAAUAACACCUUUGGCAGUCUUGAUGGUGAAUCUUCAUUGGUUUUUGCUUUGGAGAAUCAGAGAGCAGGAAGCUUUGCCGGGAUUGUUCGCUCAAUGGCUUGUUGGUUUGGUUUCAUGAGCUUAUCAAUUGUUGUGCUCAUGUUGGCAUUGAGGUGGAGGGCAGAGAGGAGGGAGCCUUUGGCAUGGUCACGGUUGCCUGUGGAUGUUUUGGAGAGUGAAUUGGUUAAAAGAAGUCCCCUAGUACCAGGUAAGUUUGUCUACUUUUGAUUGAGUAGCUAAGGCCUUUGAAUUGUUACUGUCAGAUAGUAGUAUGUUGUUGUGUAAUGACUCUUGUUCCACUAAAUGGCUUGUAUGUACGACCUUAAGUUUUCGUAUCUCUUCAAAAUUUUGAGAUAGUAUGUUGUUGUGUAAUGACUCUUAUUCCACUAAAUGGCUUGUAUCUAUGACUCUUAUUCCACUAAAUGGCUUGUAUGUACGACCUUAAGUUCUCGUA